AUGAAGGUCUCACAGCUCCUACCGGCGACCCUAGCCCUCGCCAUCACCUCAGUAUGGGCGCUCCCGCAGCCAACCAACAUCGUCGCAGUGGUGACGACAACGGAGCUCGUUGCCAGGAAACCCGCCGUCUCCUACACCGGCACGCAGAGCCAUACUAACCUCCGCGCGAGAGCUUCUCACACCGGUACUCAGAGCCAAACCAACUUGCGUGCGAGAGCGUCUCAUACAGGCACCCAAAGCCAGACUAAUCUCCGCGUGAGGCAAGUCGAGACUUCGAUCACGACGCCGGCCCCCUCGGCGUCAAGCGCCAGUUUCACGGGAAAAUGCGAUUAUAGCUACUGUGAGAGUGGUAGCGAGUACUGCUUCUACUGGGCUGGUGUCACUUCGUAUGACGUUUCGCUGGGCCCGGUUCCCGGGGAGGUUCGUACGGUUAUUGGAACUUGUUAA